CCCUUCCCUAGAGAAGUAUAAAUAGAGGCAGGAGGACAGCAGGGCGGCAGAGUCGCUGAACUCAGCCUAGUGUUCACUUCCCGAUCCUCUUACAGGUCCUCUCUAACACUAAGGAUGCGAGGUGUCUUGGUGUCGCUGCUGCUGGUGGGGUACGCCCUCGGGACGGCAGUGGAGAGACCUCGAAGACAACUCUUCGAUAACAGCAUCGAUCUCGAGUCCUCGUAUCUUCCACCGAUUAAAGAAGCGGCUAACUGCCAGCCAUCUGUGAUUUACAGCACUGAGGUUCGGUAUUCUACUCUGGUUAUCCCAUCCACCGUCUACAACACUGACGUGCAGUACGUCACUCAGACGUCUGUCCGUACACAGCAGGUCUACACCACUGUCUACUCCGAGAUAGUCCGCACACAAGUAGUUCCGUCCGUCCUGUACGAGACAGUAACCGUCACACGCACCCAGGACAAGAUCCGCACACAGGUCGUAACUCUUCCUCCUCAGAUCAACUACGUCACUAAGACGCAACAAGUCGUGAGGACACAAGUUCAGUAUCAGACUGUAUACUCGACCCGCAUCCAGCAAGUACCAUCAACAAUUAUCAGGGACGUGGUGUCGACAUUAGUAGUUCCUCAACAGGUAGUCAGCACAAUCUACCAGACCCAGUAUGUGACCAGAACCCAGCAGGUCCCAGGACAGACCCGUACAGUGGACAGAACCCAGUACAGCACCAUCUACUCCACCGUGUUGGUACCUGCUCAGGACGUGGUGAGUACAACUCAAGUUAUCCGCACCAGCGUUGUCACUCAGACCAUCACUCAGCCAGGUCUGACCCAGGUUAUUACUUCCACCCAGGUGGUUCCCGUCACCACCACCAUCUUCUCCCAGGUGGUACUCACUAACACCCAGACAAAGUACGUGACACGCACCCAGGAACAACAGCAGGUGUCCACGUACAUCAGUACACAGCAGGUGCCGCAGUACUUUACCAGUACAGUAACAGUACCACAACAAGUAGUGAGUACUCAGGUAUCAACACAGGUGGUGCCCACAACCAUCUACACUCAAAUAGUGGUGCCAUCUGUUGUAAACCUUCCAGCCAAGACACAAUAUGUCACCGUCACCACUACCUCCGUCAGUACUGUCCAGCUGCCAGGUCAGACCCGUACGCAGUACCAGACUAGGACCAUCUACAACACCAACUACGUCACUUCAACCGUCUACAGGCCGCAGUACAACACUGUGACCGCCACUCGCACCUACCAGCCUGACUGUAACACCGGCUACAACUACCCUGAGCCAGCAAGACCUUUCAACGCUCUUGGAUGAAGACGAAGUGCUUACUCCCCGCGAUGUAAACACCAUCGAAGAAGGAAAACACAACUCUCACAACUUGAAAGUGAAAAUAUCGCUAUGGAAAGAAUUAUGACAAUGCUUCAUGAAGUGUCUCUUAUGUAUAUUGUUUAACAGAAACAACUUUUAUACCAUAAUCUAUUUGACGAUCGUUGUAUUUAAUAA